AUGCCACCUAGGGCUCUAGCUGUAAACACAUCUCGCUUGAAGCAUGACACAAGGAACAAAAGCACCACUUCUAGCAUGCAUCAAAGAACACAAGCUUCUCCACCGCCUCAUACCAGUGCAGCACCACCACCGCCUCAUACCACUGCAGCACCACCACCGCCUCAUAUAACCGCAACACCUUCCCUGCCUCUUACAACCCCAACACCUCCACUGCCUCAGACAAUUGAAGCAGCAUCACAACCUCAGACAACCGACACAUCACCGAAAUUUGAGGAACCCACAUUUGUUCCUACCCCUGGAGUGACACAUCAUGUUCUGCAAGGUCCAGCUGUCAAUCACACCACGAUAGCAGGGGAGGAAGAAGAGAGGGACCAAACUGUUUUUGAUGAGGAAGAGGAGGUUGCAGAACAAGCAUUUGCUGAUGGGCAAAAGCCGAUGAUUAGCAUUAUGGGAAACAGGUUGACUCUAAGCAGUAUUGGUUGCUGA